AUGAACAGCUUCAGGAGUGCCUUUCUAAUCUGGGCGGUGGCAACAUGGGCUAAAACGGACACAUCUUGGGGCGCGACCGAUGAGGCUGGGUUUCAAAAUUGCAAGAAUGCCUUAAAAGUGCCCGUUCUGCCUGUCUUGCCCGGAGGCGGCUGGGAUAACCUGCGGAAUGUGGACAUGGGACGGGUGAUGGAGUUGGCUUACAGACACUGCAGGACCACGGAAGACGGGCAGUACAUCAUUCCGGAUGAGAUCUUCACCAUUCCCCAGAGGCAGAGCAACCUGGAGAUGAACUCCAAAAUCCUGGAGUCCUGGGUGAACUACCAGAGCAGCACCUCCAACUCCAUCAACAUGGAGCUCUCUCUUUUUUCCAAAGUCAACGGCAAGUUCUCCCUUGAGUUCCAGAGGAUAAAGACCCUUCAGGUGAAGGACCAAGCUGUAACUACCCAGGUUCAGGUAAGAAACCUGGUCUACACAGUCAAAAUCAACCCAGAUGCAGAGCUAAGCUGGGGGUUUAAGAAGGCGCUCAUGGACAUCUCGGAGCAACUGGAGAACAACCAGACCCGGAUGGCCACCUACUUGGCAGAACUCCUGGUCCUCAACUACGGCACCCAUGUCAUCAGCAGCGUGGAUGCAGGGGCCGCGCUCAUUCAGGAGGACCACAUCAGGUCGUCCUUCCUGCAGGACAGCCAGAGCAGCCGCACCGCCGUGACCACGUCCGCUGGAAUCACCUUCCUGAACAUCGUGAACUUCAAAUUCGAGGAGAACUACACCUCGCAGAAUGCCUUCACCAGGAGCUACCUCUCCAACCGAACCAACUCCAGAGUUCAGAGCAUCGGAGGACUUCCAUUUUACCCAGGCAUCACCCUCCAGGCCUGGCAGCAGGGUGUCACCGGCCACCUGGUGGCUAUGGACCGAGCUGGCCUGCCUCUGCAUUUCUUCAUCAACCCCGAACGACUGCCUGACCUGCCGGGGCCCUUGGUGAGAAAGCUGUCCAAGACGGUGGAGGCGGCCGUGCGCAGGUAUUAUGCGGUCAACACCUACCCUGGCUGCACGGAUCUCAGCUCGCCCAACUUCAACUUCCAAGCCAACACUGACGAUGGUUCUUGCGAGGGGAAGAUGACCAAUUUCUCCUUCGGGGGAGUUUACCAGGAAUGCACCCAGUUCUUGGGGAAUGAGGUUGUCCAACUCUGCCAGAACCUGGAGCAGAAGAAUCCGCUGACUGGCAGCAUGUCCUGCCCCUCUGGUUACUCCCCAGUCCAGCUGCUGGCCCAGACCCACGAGGAGGGGUACAGCCACCUGGAGUGCUCACGCAAGUGUGCCCUCUUCAUCUUCUGCAAGACCGUGUGUGAAGACGCGUUUCGAGUAGCCAGGGCUGAAUUCAGGGCUUUCUGGUGUGCAGCCAGUGGCCAAGUAUCGGAAAACUCGGGGCUCCUUUUUGGCGGGCUCUUCAGUGGUAAGAGCAUAAAUCCUCUGACCAAUGCCCAGUCGUGCCCAGCCGGCUAUUUUCAACUGAGACUUUUUGAACACCUUAAGGUAUGUGCCUCUCAGGACCAUGAGUUGGGAUAUAGAUUUUCUGUCCCCUUUGGUGGGUUCUUUAGCUGUGUGGUGGGGAACCCCUUGGUGGAUUCUGCUGCAUCCAAAGAUCUGGGGGCACCUUCUCUAAAAAAGUGUCCGGGGGGCUUCAGCCAACACCUAGCCCUCAUCAGCGAUGGGUGCCAAGUGUCUUAUUGUGUCAAAGCUGGGCUUUUCACGGGAGGGUCUCUGCCUGCUGUCAGGCUCCCUCCUUACACCCGGCCACCCCUCAUGAGUCAGGCGGCCACCAACACUGUCCUGGUGACUAACCCCGAGACGGCCAGCUCCUGGAUUAAAGACCCCCAGACCCACCAGUGGAGGCUGGGGGAGCCCCUGGAACUUCGCAGGGCCAUGAGAGUGAUCCACGGAGACAGCGAGGCUCUGUCUGGAGGAGCAGCCGCAGGGCUCACCCUGGGGGUGACCGUCGCCCUGGCAGGGGUCAUCUCCCUGGCCAUCUACGGUGCCCGGAAGUCCAGGAAAAGGGGAUACCAGGCCCUCCAGGAUGAGAAGCAGAGUUUGGCUGCAGGCGCUGCCGUGAAUGGAGAUGCCCUUGACCAAGAGCAGGCACAGAGCCCUGCUUAG